GAUGGUGACCUGUGGGCCAGGGUGUGGUCAUUUGGAGGAGAGAGUGGAGGAGCAGAAAUCCCUCCGCUCACCAACAAUUCUUCUCCAGGCUCGGAGCCUGGAACUGCGGGAGCAAGAGAGGUGGGUGGGGGGUGAGUCUGACAAAUCCAGCGAGCUGGGCAGGCUGGGCUGGGCUGACCCCUCCCCAGUUAGGGGCGGGCCCCCGGACGAGCAGGGAGCAAAGCCGCUGGAAAGGAGCAGACACGCAGAGGCGAUGGCAGGAACUAGUCUCUGGGCCCGCUUUUACCGGCAGAUCAGGAGACAUCCCGCUCUCAUCCCUAUGAUCGGCUUCAUCGGCCUGGGCAUGGGCAGCGCGGCGCUCUACUUGCUGCGACUCGCUCUGCGCAGCCCCGACGUCUGUUGGGACCGAAAGAACAACCCAGAGCCCUGGAACCGCCUGAGCCCCAAUGACCAAUACAAGUUCCUUGCAGUUUCCACGGACUAUAAGAAGCUGAAGAAGGAUCGGCCAGACUUCUAAACCUGGCUGGGGUGCCCCUUCCAUGCCUUGCAGGGUGUGGCACAGGCUACAUGUAGAGCGUGGGCUACGUGAGCUAAGAGCAAGCAGGCCUCUGAGUGCCAAGUGACGUGGCAGAUCCCACAUUGGCCCAGGCUCCAGUCCAGCCCAGGGGCGGCGCUGCUCUGGCUCAAUUGGGCUCUUUAUCGACUGCCCAGCCUGCCCUGGAAGAGGCACCCGAUACCCAGGGAGGGGGUGCAGGCCACUGCCUCCUGCUCCAACAGGCACCCCUACCCCCACAACUCACACCUGGGCCUCCCCUUGCCCUUCUCACCCCUCCCUUGCUCCCCUGCAUUACACCCCCUCACCCCCCUGGGAUCAAACAGAAGCAGCCGUGGGCAAAAUACAAUUUCAUUUAACAAAUUGAAUUUGCUGCGCCUGCUAAUCACAUCUGGUGUCGGCUCUGAUCAGAGAGAGAGGAGGCUGCAGCCCCCAGGGGUCCCUGUGGUGGUGGUGGGAGGGAAGGGGAAGGAACACACUGAGGGAGACAAGUCACCACCUGGACUGGGGAACCCCUCCCACAG